AUGAAGGUCUGCCCGUAUAGGAUUGUGUCGGUGCUGGAUGGCGUCUCGAGAACGUGUCCGGCUGAUGGGUCUGUCUCUGCUUGUUGCACCGCGUUAAAGAACACACCUCUCAACACCCAGGUCCUCUAUCCCAACGACAAUGCAUACCACCAGUCGCUCGGCUCCUACUGGCGAACGGACAUCGAGCAGCUCAACCCAGCCUGCAUCGUUCAGCCGCACUCAGCACAAGACGUCUCGCUGACUCUUUCCACCCUCGUCGAGUCAAACGAUGACUCGCCGCAAUGCCAGUUCGCUGUUCGCUCAGGCGGACACAGUACUGUGCUUGGUUCGACUAGCGCCGACCAUGCAGUCACAAUCGACCUCUCGUUGCUCAAUCGCACCGUCUACCACCCUGAAUCCUCAACUGCGUCGGUCCAGCCAGGAGCGAGAUGGAAGUCCGUAUACAAGACCCUGGCCGAACACGGCGUCGCGGUCCCAGGCGGACGAGGAGGAACCGUCGGCGUCGGCGGAUUCAUCACUGGGGGUGGGAACUCGUUCCACAGCGCUCAGUACGGCCUCACCUGCGAUGCUGUAGUUGAUUUCGAAAUCGUCCUCCCGUCCGGCCAAAUAACCACCGCAUCACCAACCAAAAACGCAGACCUCUUCCAAGCCCUAAAAGGCGGCUCCAGCAACUUCGGCCUCGUCACCAGCUUCACCCUGCAAGCCUUCUCCCAACCCCCGGACUCAAUCUGGGGCGGCGUUGUCGCAUACGACCACGCCUCCACCGUCUCCGCCCAGAUCGACGCCCUCGUGCACUUCACCGACAAUAUCCGCAAUGACCCCUUUGCCUCCCUGAUCCCGAUAUACAACUACAACUCGCAACUGGGCGUCCCUGUUAUUGCGAACUCGCUUGUGUAUACGAAGCCCGUGCCGUAUCCGGAUGCGUUUAGGGACUUCUAUAACAUGCCUAAUAUAUCGGACUCCAUGCGUUUUGCGGAUUUGGAGGAUCUUACCGGUGAAUUGGAGCCGGGGCCUGGGUUGCAGAACUUUCUCACGCUGAGCUUCGCCAACGACCCCGCGAUCCUGCACAAGGCAGUUGCUAUCCAGGACCGCAUGAUCGAGGAGGCGAAGCGCUCGGCCCGUAGUGAGGACUGGUCUAUCAUUAGCAUGUACCAGCCGCUGCCGGGGCUUUUUGCGGAGAUUGGGAAGAAGAAGGGGGGGAAUAUGCUGGGGUUGGAUGAGGGGGGAAAUUAUAUCUUGCACCUUCUCUGGUUUAUAUGGGAUGAUGCUGAAGAUACGGCGCUGUUUGACUGGAUGGGGAAGACGUUUGUGGAUGAGCUGGACGGGUUUGCGAGGUCUGUUGGCGGCGAUUCUCCGUUUGUUUAUCUGAAUUAUGCGGCGGAGAGCCAGAAUCCGUUGCGGGGGUAUGGCGAGGGCAAUUUGGCGUUUUUGAAGACUGUUGCCGACAAGUACGACCCUUUGGGUGUCUUCCAGACCCAGGCUCCUGGAGGGUUCAAGGUGAGUAGGGCAUAG